AACGUGACGGAACGUUCCGACCGCUCCGCCCGUCGCUAGUCGUGACAUCAGGACAACGACUGCUAAACCGAUCGGCAUGUUCGUUCGCGGUGUCGCACGGCCGUAAAUAUUUAACAGAAACCGGCCCAUAGCAUAGUACAACGGUGACGUCGCGGUAUACGCUCCGUCAAUCCGCGCAGAGCAUUAUAUUCUCGAACACUCGAAAUCGCAUCGCGCGGUGCACAACCGAUACCAAUUAUUAUUAUUAUUAUUAUUAUUAUUAUUAUUAUUAUUGUGACGCCCCAGUGUGAUAGCGCGCGGCUGGUCCGGUAGGAUUUUUUUUUCGUAUUAUUUCCCAUUAUCUCAUUUUAUCGUCGUGUUGUUCUACAAUAUUUCUAUCGGUCACGAUUAUUAUUUAUAAUUUAUUAUUAUUAUUAUUAUUAUCAUCAUCAUCGUCUUUCCGGCGGCCGCUGUAUCCGCUUUGUGUGGGACCGUCUUCUAGCAAGUCGCAGUGCUACACCCUUUUCCGCGGAACGACGUCAACGCAGCAGCAAAGUAAAGGUACGUACCGUUCAAGGACAUAGGAAAAAAAAUUAUCAUCAUUAUUAUUAUUAUUGUAUCGUGGCGACGACAACGAAAAAUAUUAUUAGCUAUUUGAUUAUCGUCGUCGCCCGGUAGACGCCCGGCCCAUCCGCCGUCACCGUUUCCGGUGGCUCCAUUAGCUCAUUGUCGUUUCCACACUCGUGCGCGCGCGUGUCCGGUGGGCCCCUCCCCUUCCGUGUGCGUUUUCCGGUUUUUCGGCCGCCGUUGCACGGUGGUAACGUUCGGAACAAUUCAGACUCGUAUGUUGAUAUUUCGUUCGACGAAAUUGAAAAAAAAAAAUCGUCUUAUCGAAUUCGUUUGUCGAUUAUUUCUCCUCACCCGCCCCGUAAUAACCCGGCGUUGGCCCUUGCUCACGCGCCGUAGCCCGUUCGUAUAAUCCGAUCGCUAGCGGGGUCCGGUCAAUCACGCGCGCCUUAUCACCGCUAGUGGCACAGCGCUGUGCUCCGAACCGCCGCUGAGGACGCCACCGACGCGCUAGUUCGUUUCACAUUUCGUCCGUCGUCGUAGCGUCGCGUACCGUAUUACCGUACCGCCGCCGCCGCAGGAAGAGCGAAAACGCGUCAUCCGGCCUGCGCUACAGAACACAACGCUUGUUCGCCGUCGCCGUCGCCGCCGCCGUCGCCGUCGCAACAGCCGCCGUUGUCGUCACUGCCGCCUACGUGAGCCGUUUACUAUACCGGUGCCAUCGUGUCCUCGUCGGUAGGUGUUGUUUAUUGCAAUAAUAUACAGUAGUAUAGCAAAUGAAUCGGUUCGCACGCGUUUUUCUCUUCUCUCUCUCUCUCUCUCUCUGUCCCUCUGUUUCUCUGUUAGACUGCGUGAGAAAUUAUUUUUUUCAUAUUAAUUUUAUAUAUUUUCGAUGGUCGUAGGGACUUCGGCGUAAUAUAUUUUUGCUCCGGUUGUUGCCGCUAUCGCCACCGCCGCCGGUUGGGUAGUAACCGAUACGCCGCCUUCCUCGUCGCGGCAUAGAUUUUCCACCGACAAAAAAAAAAAAAAAAAAAAAUGGUAUUCGCACCACAAUAGUAUUCUCCUCCUCCUACCGCACGCGUACGAGUCGUACGCUACAAUACUCAUUAUCAAUAUCAUUCAGACAGGACACUAGAUUAUUGUAGUGCCGUGUACCUCAUUAUUACAAUAAUAUAAAUUAUACAAAACAAAAAUAGUUUCGGAAUCUUCAAAGGUAGUUUUUUUUUUUCGAGUUUUAUACCUUCGCAAUCUCACAUCUCGGGCCGUACAGUGUCGACCAUUAUCGUGAGUAAAAUUGAGUAAAAUUAAAUCUCAGUGUAAGUAAUGUAUCUAAUGUAUUUCUAACCUUUUGUUUGUUAAGUAAUGCAUUCUAUUAGGUCGACGACGCCAAAAUCGAUAUCUAUCCAAUAUAUUUUAUUUUACACAUUCAAUAAUUAUCCUUGAGUAAAAAUAUUAUUAUGACCUAUCACAUUACUGGAAAAUGCCGCUGCUUAACGUACAUACCAAAUUUUCAAUUCAUAUUUUCCUUUGUUCUUGAUAUUCAAAUAAUCGUUUUUGGUUGGUAUUCAUAGUCAACAACUUGUUUGUAUUUAGGAAAAUUGUUUAUUAUUAUUAUUAUUAAUUAUUAUUUUUGGUCAGAGUACAUAAUAUUUAUAAUGUAUUUUAUGAAAAUAUGAGUCACUAAAUACUAUUGUUAUGACUCAGUUAUAUUUUAGUUGAUAUCGGCUUUUUUUUUUUAUAUGUUCUAUUGUCAUUUGUAAAUUAAACAGGUACCUAACUAAAUUUUUAUUUUUAUUUAAACAUCAUAGCUAUAUACAUAAUAAGUUUAUUAAUAAUUAUUAUUCUUAUUCUGCAAAUGAUUGCAUUACAUUUUAUAUAAAUUUAAUAAAAUACAUCAUUUCAAGAACAUUUUAUUUUUUACCUAAUGGGUAUUUAUAAUUCAAAAUAAUAUUUGACACUGUACAUUUACUAUGUUAAAUAAUAAAUAAGAACUAUCCUAAAUUGAUAAUAAUUAAUAAUAGGUCAAUAGGUUUAAAAACAAACAUAAAUUAGGUAGAUACCUACUUACUCAAAUGUUUUUUUUUUCUUUUCAGUUGAUUUAAACAUUUUAAACUGAAACAAACUAUUUUAUUAACCAAUUUAAACUGUUGGUUAAAAUGUCAUAAAAUUAACAGCCAAAAUAUUUUGAAUAUUUUCAAUAAUUUUUUUUUAGUUUAAGAUCAUGCAAUAGAUACUCUGAAAAAUACAUUUUUUUUCUAUUUAUUCUACAAUUUUUAUUAUUACAUGAAAAAAUAAAUGCAAAUACAUCACACAACUGCCUUUUAAUUAUUAAUAUCCAUUCUGAAUACUAAUAAUUUGACAUCAGUGUGUAAAUAUACCGAGGAAAAUGUAUUAUUCAUUGUAUUUUUGGUACCUACCUACUCAUCUAAUUAUAUUGUAAUUAUGUAUUUUUAGGUUCAAAAAGUCGAAAAAAAAAAUUUAACUGUUUAAUAUUAUAUCUUUAAAUGUAAAAUACUCAAUUAUUUAAUUUUUAUCCCUUUAGUUACUUAAGUACUUAAUAUUAAAAGAACCAAAUUUCAACAUAUUAAAUAUCUUUUGGCUUUCAAUUAUUGGUUCUAUUGUCUUUCGUCAGCCUUAUUCAUUAUGUUAAUUCAAAUGAUGAGUAUUAGAAUAGAUGAUAUAUCUACUUACAUCUUAUUUAACCUUGCUAUAUAUUUUAUAGAUCUGUUAAACUGUAAGUACAGCAUACCUACCAUGUAGGUAGGUAUCUAAAUUUCAAUAGGUACUAUUUAAUACUUUUUAUUUUUUUGUUUUAAACAGUUACUUACUUACAAAUAUUAAAUAUUACAAUAAUAUGAUUAUUUAUAUUUUAUUUGAGUAAUACCUAUAUAGGUUUAAUGUCUAACCAUAGGCGCCCAUAUGUGAAGUUUGGGGGGGGGUUAAGUAAAUUAAAAACAAAUGUCAAAUUGUAUUCUAAAUAAAGGUUUAGCGUUACAACAUAUAAAUAGGGAAAAAACAAAUGCAUUUUCAGUACUCCUAGAUCUGGCAGGGUCACUUACUUGUUUGGACUGUUUUAAACGGUAAAAAUACUAGAUUUGUUGUGCAAAACUACAUAUUAUAUCUACAAUGUAUACUGAUUUCAAAAUGUUAUAACUCAAAGUCUAACUCUAAGUUUAACUGCCCAAUUCUGAUUGUACCAUAGUUUUCGGCAUAAAAAAGUACAUUCUUUUUUUUUUAAAAAAAAAUCUGGAAUAUUUUGUAAGAACAAUUAGAUUUAUAUCUACAAAUAUAAUAACUAAUAUUUAUUUAGGGAGGGAGAAUAUUCUAUCUUGCAUCCAUUCAUGGGCGCCCUAACUAUUUUGAACUCCAAACAUUUAUUUUUCAUCUACCUACCUAGUUGAUCACAAUACAAUUUUUAUCACUGUAAGUGACACAUAAGUAAAAAUAAAACAAAUUUAAUAAGUUGGUAAGCCUUUUUUUAUGCCUGUUAUUUAAUUAGUUUCUGGUAAAAUAUUAAAAUGCGCCUUCAUUGUCUAUAUUAUAAACUACUAUCUAGGCAUUUAAUCUUUAAUUAAUUAUUGAACUUUGAAUACAAACCUCGAUGCAAAUCAUUUUAAUUAAACUUUAUCUACAUUAUACUGGCACACAGUAUCAAUUUAUGCUCUAAAUUAAAUUUUUUUUAAUUGAUGUUAUUUUCAUUAUAAAUUAAUAAUUUAAUGGUUUUUUUACUAUUUUAUCUAAUAUAAAAUUCACUAUUAUGAUACAUAUUUUAUUAGUUUGUAAAUAUAUUGUUUAUCUUUACAUUUAUAUAGUAUGCAAAUACACAAUACAUAAUGCUGUAGUAUUAUCAACAUAUUAAUUUAUUAAUUGUAAUUUAUGGUUUUGUUUUUUUUCAGCUUUCAAAAAAAAACAUUUAAAGUUGUUUGAAAUUAAUUUUAAAAUCAUCAAUUAAAAUGCGGGAAUACAAAAUAGUGGUUUUGGGUAGUGGUGGAGUUGGUAAAUCAGCAUUGACGGUGCAAUUUGUGCAAGGUAUAUUUGUUGAAAAGUAUGAUCCGACAAUAGAAGAUAGUUAUCGUAAACAAGUUGAAGUGGAUGGACAACAAUGCAUGCUCGAAAUACUGGAUACUGCUGGAACGGUAUGUGUUUCAAUAUUUAUAUCCAUAGUAUUAUCUUAAAAAGUUAUUAAUUAAUCUCAGACACAGUAAACUAAUUAAACUUGGUUUUUAAUUAGAAUUGCAAGGUAAGAAUAAAAGUUAUUUAAUAAAGUUAUAUUUGACUUUUGAAAGUGUAUUAGUGAGAGAUCCUUAGUGUGCUGCUUAGAAAUCUAUAAUAAUAAUAAUAAUAUUUAGUAGGUACUCAGUACUUUGUAAAUACUUAUUUUACUACUUAAACUGAUUUAAACUUAAUUACUCAGUAUAUACAAGAGCCCCCCAGGUACUUAGCUAAUAUGUUUAAAUAAUAUUAAUUAUAAAAAAUGUGUACUUAGCUAUUCUAGGAUUUAUUUGUAUACUUGUAAUAUCUAUUAUACUAAUUAUUUAAAUAUGUUAUAAAUGUAUAAGAUAUAUUGGUACUUUCCUGUUAUACACUACUUCCUUGUUUUGUGAAAUUCUAUUAUUUAAGUCUAGCAAAAUUUGCCCACUUUCCUAUUAUCAUAGAAUCCUAUUUUAAUUCAUAUUAACAAAUUAUAUUUAAUUCUUUGAUAAUUUGUUUAAUGUGUAUUAUGGGGAUGACCAUAUUAGAAUUAUAUAAAAAAAAAUUAAAUAAAGAAAAGAUUUAAAUACACAGUAUGGUCACAGACAGACUAAUAAUAUAUUAAUAAUAACAUAAUACAAAGAAUAAUUUUUUAUAUUUAAUAAUUUUACAUUUAGGAGAGUAAACAUGUAUUGAUCAGGAACCUGAAACAAAAAACAUUCUUUAGUUUUAGGAUACAGUCGUUCAAAACUCUAUUAUUGUGGAAGUAUUCUGCCUACAUUAUUUUUGUGCUUAGAAAAUAAGUUUGUCUAUUUUAACAAUUUUUCCUUGGUUUCUUAUCUCAGUACAGAGAACACAAACUUCCCGCAAAUAGUUAUUCCAGUCUACAAAAUUAUUUCUGUUUAUUUUCAAAAUUUGUUUGCAUCAUUUUAUAGAAGUCCAAGCAAAAAUAAAUUGUAUAAGUGUAACAAAUAGAAAAGUCGAAGUGGAGUCUUGGGUGGUAGUUGCAAUAAUAACUGUAGUCUCCUAUAAUAAGGAAGUAUUUUUUCCAAUAUUUUGGUGCCAUUUCAAUGUGGGGUCUAUUUCGUCUGUGCAAUAUAUAAAUAUCUACAUACCAUAACAUUUUUUUAAAUAUAAAAGUAUUUGAUUUAUUGUAUACCAAACCCCCUGUAUAUCCAGUGUCCUUUCACUGUGGAAUUUGAGCCAAUAAGUGGAGUCAAUAGGUGUAGGAAGUGGUCAUUCAAACUUUUAAGUGUUAUUCGAUUAUAACAAAAUAUUAAUUUUGAACAAUUUUAAGCAAACAAUGUUAAAACGUAGACCAUAUACUGAAUUAAAAAUACAUCAGGGAUCAUAUAUUAUAGCAGCACCAAUAUUUUUUUAUAAAUACUAAAAUUCAAAUAAAUAUUAUUAAAGUGUUUAGAUAUUAGAUGCAAAAUAUUUUGCGUUACAACUAAUAAUGUAUCUUAGAAAAAUUUUAUUUUUUGUUAACUAUUAUGUUUAUUUAAUUUUAUUAUUUACCAUAUGGUCCUUUAACCAUUUUAUUUUAUACUAUAAAACACUUUUAAAUAUCAUACUUGUUCUAAAUAUAACCACCAGCUGUUUAAUAAAAUCUCUAUUGAUUAAGAUUAUAGUCAUCAGUAUUUAAUAGUUUUUUUUUUUUUUUUUAUAUCAUUCGUCAUUAUUAAAUAUAUUUAUUUUAAUAUUACCCCUAAUUCUACCUAAUACAUAAUAUUUUAGCUGCCUUUUAAAUUUUAAUCAAAUAUUUUCUAUAGUUAUGUGUAUACAUAUAAUAUUUAUUAUUUUUACUUUUUUACUAUUUUAUGAUCGAACUGGAAGAACAAUUAUGGGGGUUUUCCGGUGAAUAUGAAAAUAGAAUAAAUGAAAAUUAUUAAGAAAUUAUGUACCUAUCUCGAUAUCUACAUUAUAUAUUAUUGAGAUAUAAGACUAAACAUUAUUAUGUCCUAUAUUAUAAUUUAUAAUUUUUUUUUUAGAUAUGAUAGGUAAUUGUUAUGUAUAUUUUCUAUUAAAUUAUUGAAGAUUAAUGUUUGAAUGAUUUGUGUUAAUUAUUUUCUUCUUCUGUGAUUGAUGCCUUUAAGACUUAUGUCCAAACAAUUUUUCUCCAACUCUUCUUAAAUCUAAUGAUUCUUCCAAUUAUCUCUGGGCUUUACUUUUUCCAUAUCUUUAAUCACUCUAUCUUUCCAUCUUAGUCUUAGUUUUUCCCCUGUGGCACAUUUUCUAAUGGCACAAUUUUAGCAACAAUAAUUCAUGCUAUAUGCCUAUAUAUUCUCAUUUGAGUUUUUUGGUAAUAUCUUCCACAAUAUUUGGGGUCUCUUAGUUAUUUAUUUGUCAUGUUCUUCUCUCUACUGUGCGUAUGUCUUUACUUUGUCCAUAAACUUACCUUAGUAUCUCCUUUAAAAUACAUAUAAUAUAUUUGAGACUAUUUUUCAAGAGUAUUUUAGAUUUCGGGAGCCUUGUUAAACCAAAAAUUAUUAUAAAUUCACUAGAAAAUAUAACAUUGAUUAUUGAAUUACAAAAUAAUUAUGAACUACAAUAUUUUACUAAAAUAAAUUAAGUUCAAUAAAGCAACUUAUAAUUUGAUUAGUUCAAUUUAAAUUAAAAUAUAUUUUUGAAAUAAUAUAAUGCUAAAUGUAUAUUUUUAUAUAUUGUUCAAAGAUAUAUAUUUAUAUAAAUAUAUAUUGUUAUAACUACUUGGUAUAUUUUUCUUUCGACAUCCAUUUAUAACAAUAAAAAUAUUUUUGUUGUAGCCACUUUCUAUUUGUGUGCCAUUUACCUAUAUUAUAUAGGAAGACUAUAAAUUAUUUAAAAAUACUAUUAAUUAGACUUAUUCAAAUUAAACUAGAUCAUAUAAUUAUGAUAAAUUAAAUAUUUAUUUUAUAGCCAUAAAUUAACAGAUAUAUAUAAAACAAAUUAAUUAAUUAAAAAAUAUAUAGGUGGAUAUUAAAAUAAAUAAUUACUAAAUAGAUUGGAAAUAACUAAUAUUUAACCCAUAAAUACUCUAUUUUAUUUCUGUUAUUAUUAAAUAUUUUAUUCUUCUGUAAUACUUCAAAUUACCAUACGUGUAGCACACUAUGUACUAUAAACUGGAGUAACUAAAUUAUUCUGACCAUUUUUACUAAAUAAUGCUCAAAUUUUAUGUUAUAAUUUAAUUAGUAAUACUCUUUAUUUAGCAUUAAAUUAAUAAUUGUAUAUUUAGUUAAAGUUAAAACAAAUUCAAAAAUAAAACAAAUAUGCUACACAAUAUAAUAUAUUUACAUAGUAUAAUAGGAAUACAUUGAUAACCAAGAGUCAAUGCACAUAUUUAUAGAAAUCUAUUAUGUAAACAGUCAUUAGGGUUGUGAAUUUAUUGCACUAUAAAAUCUUAAAACAUCCCUAAAAAUAAUAACUGACAAUAUAACUAAAUAACCUAAUCAUUUACAGAUAAUUAUAUAUUCUAGAAAUGUAAUACUGAUAAGUCACAAUUAAUGAACUUCCUUAAUCAACAUCCAUUAAUGAUUAACUUUAUCUUAUUCAAUCAUGAUAAGAAUUAUAAUAGUAUAGUAUUUUUCAACUAUUAGUGAGUUCUAGUUCAUCGUACUUAUUGUAUUUUAUUAAUUAUAAGUAUAAUAUUAAAUAUAAAUUCCCCCACUCUUCCCUAACAAAAAAUUAAUUUGUACAAUUUGUAUGAUGUCUUGUAAAUAGCUAGUAUUUGUAUAUAUUUAGUUAAUGAGUUAAUUUGAUUAGGUAUGUACAAUAUAUGUUUAAGGUAUUAAAGUUAUUAAAUAAACAAAUUAUUUAUGGUUUUACCUACUACAUUUUAACUCAUAUUGUGUAAAAAUGUCAUAAAUGUAAUACGUAGGUCACUAUAGAUAUAUUUUGUUAUUAAAAAAGAUAUUGCACACAAUUUAUUUAAACUUUUUUUUUCAAUUCGUGUAUUUUAUAAUUUAAGUUUUUAACCUCCCAUAACACAGAAAAUAUACUGAAUUUUAUUUUGAUAGUUACUCAUAUUUAAAAAUAAAAUAAAAAAAUGAUUUUUGCUUGUUUAAUACAAUUAAAACCUAAUACAGUGGUGCGCAACCUUUUUAAUGUGCCCCAACAGCCCCCCAAAUUAAUUUUUUUAAUGAGGCUACCCUCCUUUCUAUCAACAUUAUAUAAGUGUAUAAUACAUAUUUACUUAAUGUAUAGCAUAAUAUUAUAGUAGUAUUUUAGGAUGUUUUAAUAUUGGUUUAGUUUAAUCAUUUAAUUUAUCCAAAUUUUUGAUUUCAAAACAUUACUGAAAUUUUUAUAAUUAUAAUCAACAUUUUAAUAAUUUAAAAUUAUAAAAUUACAUGAUUUAAUGAAACCCUUGUGCUUGAAUUGUAGACAUGACUGAAUUUGAUGUUUGAGACUGCUAUUUUUAAAUCUGCUUCGACAUUCAAUCUGGAGUGAUAUUUGUUUUUUUAUUAUCGGUAGUGUUGAAAAUGCUAUUUUGCAUAAAUAAUUUUAAGCAAAAGUAAUAAUUCCUGAUUGAGUUUAAAAAUAACCCAUCUACUGCAUGAUUCAAUAGAACUUAUUAUCCCAAUAUUAAUAUAAUAAUAUGACAUAUUACAUUAUAUAUAUAUAACUAAUUAUUGGAGACUCCCUGUUAAAAUUUCAUGACCACCAGGUUGCACACCUCUAACCUAAUAUAUCUAAUGCAUGCAAUUUAUUUUGAAUAUACAUCAAUAGUUGUAAUUUAAAGCCUAAAACAUCUAUGUUUUAUGGGAUACCUAAUUAAUUUUUUUUGAUUUAUUUUAAUAGUUUGUACUUAAAUUUGUUUUCUAAUUAGUUAUAAUUAAUUUUGUUUGAAAUUAAAUUGUGAAUAAAAAACAAAUAAUAAUUAGAUACCUAUCUAAAUUAUAAAAAUGUGCAUGUUAUCUGGUAAAGUGUUGUGUAGGACCAUGAGAGUUAUCAUUUUUAAAUAGUUACAAUUUUAGAUCGUAUGCAAUGGAUGGAAUCAUGGCAUAUCACACUUACAGAAUGAGUUAAAGCCAAUAUAACUAUAACCCAUGCCAUUUGAGCAUGGGCAACUUCUUAACAAUCUUGUUUUCUUAGUUAAAAUAUAAGAAUUAAAGAAACUUAGGAGACCUUUAUUCAUGUUUAUUUAAUAUCUGCUCCAAAAAUGAAUGAUAAGAGACCACACUCUUGUCCUAUAGUUAUAUUGGCUUCACACAUUUUCCCAGUUAUCUAUUGUAUAUGAUCUAAGGCUACAAUACAAAAAAUACAAAAUUACAUUACAUUAUAUUUUUUGUAUACAAUAAAAAAAAUGAAGAUAAAAUUUUUUUUCCUGAACAUUAACUUAAUCAUUUUAUUAAUUUUGCAUUUUUAAAAACAAAUAAAUAUUGAUUAUUUGGUUUAUUAUUUUCUUAAAUUAUACAUUUUUUUUUUUUUAAAUUAAAAUCCCCAAAUUUUAAUGAAUCUUUCUACUUUUAAUUCUAAUAUAAUCCGUAUAUUGAUAGUUUAUUAUGUAGAUAUCUAUUACAUUUUUUAUUCUUAUUGAUUUAUUUCUUAAUUAAUUAAAGAUUUGAUUAAAACGGUGUAUUUUUUUAAUGUGUUUUAUUUAAAAAAAAAAACUGAAAUAAUGUUAAUUUAUAAUAAUAUUGUUAUGUUAGAUAUUUAAUUAAAUAUUUUUAUAAAUAGUGCAUACAUUUUUUAUUAUUAUUAUUUUUCAUAAUAACUGAAUUGAUUUGAAUUACCCAUCUUUUUAAAAUGUUAAAACAGGAACAAUUUACAGCAAUGAGAGAUUUGUAUAUGAAAAAUGGUCAAGGAUUUGUUCUCGUAUAUUCUAUUACAGCGCAAUCAACAUUUAAUGAUUUACAAGAUUUAAGAGAACAAAUUUUAAGAGUAAAGGUAUACAGUUUUAAAAUAUUUAUAAAUAUUACUGUUUAUUAGGUAUUUAAGAUAAAUAAAUAAUGUACAAUAUAUAAUUAUUAAAUGUUUAGGAUACUGAUGAUGUUCCAAUGGUAUUAGUGGGAAACAAAUGCGAUUUAGAAGAAGAAAGGGUUGUUGGUAAAGAACAAGGUGUGAAUCUCGCUCGUCAGUUUAAUUGUGCUUUUAUGGAAACAUCUGCUAAAGCAAAAAUAAAUGUCAUUGAUGUAAGUACUAAGCUCAAUUAAUUAUGUAUGUUUAUAAAAGUUUGUGUGUAUUGAUUAUAUUAUAAUAAUUAACUUUAUUUGUUUUAUCAAUAUAUAAAUAUUCCCUUCAAUAGUUAUUUUUUUUUUUAGAAACAUCAGAGUGUGAGUAUUUAUUAAUUAAUAAAAACGAAAAUAAUAAUAAUUUAUCAUUUUAAUAUUUUCUUAAAUUAAUGUGAAGGGCUUUUAUAAACAAUUCUAUAUUCCAAAUUAUUUGAUACAAUUAAGAUACUUUUUUUAAAAUUUUUUGUUUUUUUUACUUGAUUAAAUUCUACUUAAAAAUUGUGUAUUAGUUAAUAUUAAUCCUUAAAAAAACUUUGGUUCAUUCUUUAAAUUUAAAUAAAUAAAAGUAAAUCAUUUUAUUUAAUUCCAGUAUUUACAAAUCAAAUGUUUAUUUUCAUUGUUCUGAAUUUACUAUUUUGUUAAAAGUAAUCAUUAAAAGCAUUUUGAUGAAUAUACUAAUUAUUAGUUACUAGAAAAAACAAAUUAUCUAUUUAAAAAAUUAUUAAAAAUGUUUUAUUAUUAAUUUGUUUUAGAUAUUUUAUGAUUUAGUGAGACAGAUAAAUAAAAAGAGUCCGGAGAAAAAACCAAAAAUAAAAAAGAAGACCUUAUGUACUCUUCUUUAAGUAGCUAAGUAAAAUUACUGAAACAACAAUCAAUACUACCAAUCCACUGUAGAAAAAAAAAACAAACAUAAUUUUUAACAAUGUGGUAAAAUAUUAUUGUUUUAUGAGAGUCAUUGCUGAAUUUGUUAUUGCUUUCUAAUUUUUAUUUUAAAUGGCUAAAUCGACUUUUCCAAAUUUGCUUUUGUACUUUUUUUUUUAAUUUUUAAGUAAUUAUUAUUUUUAUUUUAUUGUUCAUUAUUGGAUAUUACCUAAAAUUGUAAUACUUUCUAAGGACUGGAUCCUUGUAAAUACCAUUAAUUAUUAAACAUUUACACAAGUUAACACCAUGUAAAUUUGUAAAUCUAAUGUAUCAAUACCUAUUAUUUUUCUAACUGAGUUUUUUAAGAUCAUUCAUUUUUUCUCUAUUUUUUAAAUGUUAUUUUAAGAUGAAAUAAUUUCAUUCUUAAUACAGUUUUACAUAAAAGUGCCAAUUUUUAGUUAAUUCAUUAAUAGUAUCAGCUAUGAAACUCCAAUAAAAGUUGUCUUAAUUACUAUCAGUUAUUUUUAUUCAUAAAUCAUUUGGUAUUGAAUAUUUUCUCAUUAACAAACAUGAUAAUAAUAACAUUGUGAUUUGAAAUUUAUGCUGCCAAUAAUAUCUGUUAUUUUUUUUUUUGGUAAUUUAAAUGUCAGCAUAUUAGGUUUAAAUUUGCAGUAAACCAAUCAUGAUGUAAAAUGAUUUUAAAUAAUUUGAAAACAACACCAUAAACUCGAACUCUUGUAACAUAUUGCAUAAAACUUAAAUUAGAACUUUCACAUAAUCCUGGUAACAAUUCCUUUUUUAAAAUUAUAAUUAUUUAAAAACUUAAUACUUAUUUAAAACCAAUUAAAGUAAUGCAGAAUAUUUUAUUUUAUUUGUAUUUCAAUGUAAAAAUUUGGGUUUCUAUUCUAUAGUGGACUUAAUAAAAUUAUUUUAGUUACUAUUAACUUGUGUAAAUCAAAAUCCAAUACAAAUAUUGUAUUUAGAUCUUAAUCUAGUCUAAAUAUAUUAUUUUAGUUGGUCUUAUUUCUUACAAUGGACCUUAUGUAUGUUCAUUACUGUAUUGUUUCAUUAACUGUUUCGAAUGCAUUUUCAAUCAUCCAGGGUUAAAAAUGAAGGCCAAUUAUGAGUACAAUAGGUUUACCUAUUUAAACUUGAGUUCCCAAUAUUGUGUGUUUCAUAAUUAUAAUAUAUUAUUAUACAUAUAUUAUAUUCAACUCAUGUAUAAUAAUAAUUUAUAUUCAACUUUUUAAAAUGAUUUGAAUAUAUCUUCAAUAUCUUCUAUUAGAACAAUUCUUUAAGAAAACAUUGAACUCAAAUACAUUAUCUAAUUUUUUAAAAAUAGUUGUCAUACAUAUAUUAUUAUUAUUAAUUGAAAAUAUAUUUUCUGGUAUAAGUGUAUAAAUAUUUACACACCACCAUAAUAUAUUGUUCAAGUAAAAAAUAUUUAGACAAAUGUCUUAUUCUUUUAUCAAGAUUCAAACUUACACCAUAAUAUUUUAUGAAGUUUAAGCUUUAAAUUUAUAAACAUAAAUAUUUGAUUUUAUUUAAAAAUUGAUGCCCAUAGUUAUUGCCAUGUAUUGUACCUGUACUAACCUGUAUCGCACAAAAUUAUUCUUGUGAUAACGAACAAACCUUAACAUUAUCAUUUAUAAUAAUACACAGUUAUUUAUACAAUUUACACAAGGUAUUACAAGGUUCUAUUAUAGCUGUUUAUUUAUAUGUAAAAAACUAAUUGGUUUGUUAAUUACAGAAAUGCUUUUUUCCUUUAUUUUUAUUCUGCAAUUCUUAUAGACAUUUUUCAACACAACAACAUAAUAUAUUAAUAUUUUUGGUCUUAUAAAAAAUCUGGCAUUUGAAUGAUAUUCGGAAAUUUUUCGGUUAAAAAUUAUUAUUAUAAUAAUAUUAUACUAUGAAUUUUGACUUGUUAACAAUUUUCUAAUUCUAAUAGUUUGUUUUAUAAAAUAUUAUUAUAAUAUUACUUAACAAAUCCAUAAUUGUAAGGAUAUGCAAAUACAGAUAAAUACAUUUUUUUUUUAAUGUUUAUACAUAUAUGAUAUAUAUAACUUUGUGUAUGUAUUUAUUAAAGAAUUACAUACAGACAUGUAAUUUUAUAGGUACCAUUUAUGCAUUUAUAUAUAUUUUAAAAUAUAAGUGUUUUGUAGGCCAAUAUUUAAUAUAUUUUAUUUAGUGUGAGCCUUAGUUCACUAGUUCGUUUGGUACCAAUAAAAUUUAAGUUAUACAAAAAUCUUAAUUUUUUUUUUUAAAAUAUAAUAUGUUUGUAAUAAUGAUUUAUUUAUUUGAAAUAUUGACGCUUAUAAAAACUAUAAAACUUUGGAACCAAUUUUUAGACAAUAUUAUUGUUAGUAGAAUAUUUUAAUAUAAAUAAUAUUAUUAAUUAUUAUAAUAGGAUAUUUAGUGAAAUUUUAAUGGGUGGUUUAAUAUUAAUAUUUAUUUGAGUAUUAUUAAACUUUUAUUAUUUUUAACUGAUUGAUUCUGUAUAAACACUGUACACCCACAUUUAUUUGUAAUAUUUAUUUAUUAUCUGUCUAAAUAAAAUAUUUACGCAUAAUUUAAUAACUUGAUAACAAGUUUCCAAAAAAAAAAAAACGCUAAUUUUAUUUUAUUAUUUUAUUUAAAAAGCCAAAAAUGGAAUAUUAUAAAUAAUAUACUCAUAGUUAUUAAAAUAUUAUUUGUCAGUGUGUGUGUGUGUAUGUGUUUUUGUGUGUGUACUUUGUGUUGUUCAAUAACCACAAGACCAAUUCAGUUUUAAGUAUAAAAAAAUUAAUGUAUGAUAUUGUUAAAUCCAUUUUCCUUACAUAAUAAUUAUUUUAAAUAUCUACCUAUAUUAUAAACAUACAUAAAUUAUUUUAUAUUUACCAGUGUAAUACUACUGCUGUGUACUAUUAAUACUGUUAUUAUUAUUAUUAUUAUUAUUAUUACCAUUCGGGUUUUUCAUCUAUUUAACUGCAUUAGAUUCUUAUCAGUUAUCAUGAGCAAUUUGAAAUUUGAAAAAAAUUUCACUAACUCAAUAAUCAGAUAACUAUAUAAAAUAAUCAAACAACUCGGGUGGGCGUGAUAAUUAUUAAUAUUGUACAGCACUAACUCCUGACAUGGAGCCGCCCUACUUUAUAAUAAUAGUGACUUUUAUGUAAUGUACCUUCCUAUAUUGUCUUUUUAUUAUAAUUAUAAUCCUGGAAUAUAAUGUAGUUAUACUGUGAUUUUAAAAAUAAAAAAAUAAUAUUGAUAAUAUAAUUAAAUACAUAUAAUAUUACAUAUGCAAAGUGUUUUAAUCAUAUUUUUUAAAACAUGUUUUUAUUAAUUUACAAAAUAAUAUUAUGUUUCAAUAUUUCAAUAUUAUAAAAAAAAAUAUAUUAUUCCUCUCUCUUUGAUCACUAUAUAU